UUUCCAUUUAUUUCACUUCACUCACUUCACUUCACUUCAUCUUCCUUCACUCAGAUAUCACCACUUCGCGGGCGAAGCUAACCAUCAUUCAGACUCAUCCUCGUUGAUCUCACAAUCCAACCUUCAAAAUGAAGUCUUCCAUCGUUCUUGCCGCCACUGGCGCCGUCCUGGCCAUGGGUGCCGCCAUCGAUCCCCGUGCCAUGGAGACCGUCUUGGACAUCACCUACGUGACUGUCACCGUCACCGAGGGCGUCCCCAUCGAGACUCCCGCUGCCACUCCCUCCAGCAGCCUUCCCCCCAAGGUCGAGGAGACCCCUGCGCCCGCGCCUGUCUUCUCUACCAUCACCACUAAGCGUCGGUCCCGCACUCCCAAGGCUUCCACUACCCCGACUCCCACCCCGACCCCGACUCCCACUCCUACUCCCACUCCCACCCCUGAGCCGGUUGUCGAGCAGCCCGUCGCUUCUGAGCCCGCUGCCUCCUCUUCUGCCGCUCCCGUCGCCUCCGUCGUCGAGACUACCCAGUCCACUCCCAGCACCGCUGCCACCGUCAGCGACCUUCAGACUGCCGCCAUUGAUUCCCACAACAUUCACCGUUCCAAUCACUCUGCUCCCGCUCUGACCUGGGAUGCCGACCUUGCCAGCUACGCUCUCAUCACUGCCAAGACCUGCGUCUUCGAGCACGACAUGACUACUGGUGGUGGCGGUUACGGCCAGAACCUCGCCAUGUGGGGUGCCACUGGUUCCGAGAACUUGGGUGAGGCCAAGGCUGCCCAGCGCGCCAUUACCGAGCAGUGGUACAACGGCGAGCUCAACCUCUACACCGGCUACGGCCAGGCCAGCCCUGACAUGACCAACUUCCUCCAGUGGGGUCACUUCUCCCAGUUGGUCUGGGUUGACACUACCAAGGUUGGCUGCGGUGUCUACUACUGCGCCGCCGGUACCCUCAGUUCCAUUGGCAGCUGGUACACCGUCUGCAACUACAAGUCCCAGGGCAACGUGAUUGGCAGCUUCGACAAGAACGUCCUGCCUCCCGGCAGCGCCGCCACCGUGAACGUCGCCUAAGUGUCGUGACACGCAACUGCAUUUGCACCCUUCGUGUUGCCCGCUUGAAGCAUAACUGGGUUUUAUUUGCGACACGGCCACUGGGUACGACUGCGGAUGAGCUCC